UCUUAAUGGAAGACAGCAAGUGCCCUGUCAAAAUAUUUUUCUAAUAUUUCCCCAAAAAUGGAAUUUUAGCAUCAUUUCUAUAAGUUUUUCAAUAUUUGAUAUAUCUAAUCCUGAAGUAAAAUGCUUAAAGGAGCCGUUGAUCUCACUCAGACUGGUGUUGAAAGGCCAUCGUCCCCUGCAAGGCUGGCUUACACAUCAGAUAAACACCCAAAGCACACACUUGAAGCUAUUAAUGUACUUAGAAAACACAGAGAAUUAUGUGACGUAGUGUUGAUUGUCGGACAACGAAAAAUCUUUGCUCACAGGGUGAUCUUGUCAGCAUGCAGUCCAUAUUUCCAUGCUAUGUUUACUGGAGAACUUGCAGAGAGCCGACAGACUGAAGUCACAAUUAGAGACAUUGAUGAAAAUGCUAUGGAACUAUUAAUAGAUUUUUGUUACAUGUCAAAUAUCACAGUAGAGGAGAGCAAUGUUCAGACAUUAUUGCCGGCUGCAUGUUUGCUGCAGUUAGCUGAAAUACAAGACGUUUGUUGCGAAUUUCUUAAAAGACAGUUAGAUCCAUCAAAUUGUCUAGGAAUACGGGCAUUUGCAGAUACACAUGCAUGUAGGGAUUUGUUACGAAUUGCAGACAAGUUUACACAACACAAUUUCCAAGAGGUGAUGGAAAGUGAAGAGUUUAUGUUAUUACCUAUCAACCAACUCGUAGACAUUAUCUCCAGUGAUGAGCUGAAUGUACGGACAGAAGAACAAGUAUUUAAUGCAGUGAUGGGCUGGGUAAAAUAUAACAUACAGGAAAGAAGGGAUCAUUUAUCAUCAGUUUUACAGCAUGUUCGUCUUCCAUUGAUGAGUCCGAAGUUUCUGGUGGGUACUGUAGGCUCAGACUUGUUGAUCAAGAGUGAUGAUGCUUGCAGGGACCUUGUUGAUGAGGCCAAAAACUACCUCCUCUUACCACAAGAAAGACCCCUGAUGCAGGGGCCUAGAACUAGGGCCAGAAAACCAAUAAGAUGUGGUGAAGUGCUGUUUGCAGUUGGUGGAUGGUGUAGUGGUGAUGCAAUAUCUAGUGUAGAACGGUAUGAUCCUCAGACAGGCGAGUGGCGUAUGGUUGCACCGAUGUGUAAGCGGCGCUGUGGUGUUGGUGUCGCAGUACUCAAUGACCUCUUGUAUGCAGUGGGUGGCCAUGAUGGACAAUCAUAUCUCAACAGCAUAGAAAGGUUUGAUCCCCAGACAAAUCAGUGGAGUAGUGAUGUUGCCCCAACAAGUUCUUGUCGUACCAGUGUUGGGGUAGCAGUACUUGACAACUACAUGUAUGCAGUCGGAGGUCAAGAUGGUGUCUCUUGUUUAAAUUUUGUAGAAAGAUAUGACCCACAGCUGAAUAAAUGGACAAAAGUAGCAUCAAUGAGUACACGUAGACUAGGAGUGGGUGUGGCUGUACUUGGAGGAUACCUGUAUGCUGUAGGGGGCAGUGAUGGUACCUCACCUCUCAAUACUGUUGAAAGAUAUGAUCCAAGAACCAACAGAUGGACGCCAGUUUCUCCAAUGGGUACACGUAGAAAACACCUAGGUGUUGCAGUAUACAACAAUAUGAUUUAUGCAGUAGGAGGUAGAGAUGAUACAACGGAAUUAAGCAGUGCUGAAAGAUACAAUCCUCAAACCAACAGCUGGCAGCCUGUUGUAGCGAUGACUUCCAGGAGAAGCGGGGUUGGAUUAGCUGUAGUAAAUGGACAAUUAAUGGCAAUAGGUGGCUUUGAUGGCACCACUUACCUUAAAACAAUAGAACAGUAUGAUCCAGAAAAUAAUUGCUGGAAAUUGUGUGGUGGAAUGAACUAUAGACGUCUCGGUGGUGGAGUUGGGGUGGUACGGAUGCCUCAGCAUGAAACUCAUCUUUGGUGAAAAAUGAUACACUUGUGAUAUUCUAUUUGCCAGGCGAAAUCUGUUUCUCGUUAUAGGAGAGAUAGAUGUGGAAUUGUGGGUCUUUGUUAGCAGAAGUAGAAGCAGUGAUAUAUGUAUUUUGGAUUAGAAUAUCAAAUAUUCAUGUCAAAAUAUAAAGCGUACUCAUUUUCUUGCCAUGGAAGCAUUUGACGAUACAGCUGGAAAUCGUUUACAGUCGAAGAAUUUUUUUAAUGAAUCUUAAGCGUUUUAUAACUACAGCUGACCCAGUGUUAACUUGAAACCGUGAAAAAAAGGAACAUCCUUCAAACUGAACAGGUGUUUUGGUCUGCAUUAACUGUUAAAAGGGGUACUUAUCAAAUAGAUACUGACUGAAUAGCGAACAGUGCAGAUCAUGAUCAGACUGCACAGAUGUGCAGGCUGAUCAUGAUCUACACUGGUAGCAAAGGCAGAAUCAAUUGUGUCCAGCAUGCAAAGGGUUAAGCGUUAUGUUGAAUUCAAAUUUAAGGCUGACAGUAUCAGAUAUGGUAUUAGGUAGUAAAAGAAGUAGAAGUAUGAUAAAUCUAUAGAAUACAUGUACUUAGUGUUUUCUGCUUCUUUAGGUCCAUGCAUACAUGAAAGUUUUGACUUUCGUUUCGAUUUAUCUUUGUGUUAUAUAUACAGAAGAUAAUACUCAAGACUCUUCCUAAAACCAACAGUAUGCUACAACAGUAAGGAGGUAUCUAGUAAUGUGUUGUUUUUGUUUUUUUUGUUGUUUUUUUAGCUCACCUGUCACAAAGUGACAAGGUGAGCUUUUGUGAUCGCGCGGUGUCCGUCGUCCGUCCGUGCAUGCGUGCGUCCGUAAACUUUUGCUUGUGACCACUCUAGAGGUCACAUUUUUCAUGGGAUCUUUAUGAAAGUUGGUCAGAAUGUUCAUCUUGAUGAUAUCUAGGUCAAGUUCGAAACUGGGUCACCUGCCUUCAAAAACUAGGUCAGUAGGUCUAAAAAUAGAAAACCUUGUGACCUCUCUAGAGGCCAUAUAUUUUACAAGAUCUUCAUGAAAAUUAGUCAGAAUGUUCACCUUGAUGAUAUCUAGGUCAAGUUUGAAACUGGGUCACGUGCCGUCAAAAACUAGGUCAGUAGGUCAAAUAAUAGAAAAACCUUGUGACCUCUCUAAAGGCCAUAUUUUUCAUUGGAUCUGUAUGAAAGUUGGUCUGAAUGUUCAUCUUGAUGAUAUCUAGGUCAAGUUCGAAACUGGGUCACGUGCGGUCAAAAACUAGGUCAGUAGGUCUAAAAAUAGAAAAACCUUCUAACCUCUCUAGAGGCCAUAUAUUUCAUGAGAUCUUCAUGAAAAUUUGUCUGAAUGUUCAACUUGAUGAUAUCUAGGUCAAGUUCGAAAGUGGGUCAUGUGCGGUCAAAAACUAGGUCAGUAGGUCAAAUAAUAGAAAAACCUUGUGACCUCUCUAGAGGCCAUAUUUUUCAUGGGAUCUGUAUGAAACAUGGUCUGAAUGUUCAUGUUGAUGAUAUCUAGGUCAAGUUCGAAACAGGGUCAUGUGCGGUCAAAAACUAGGUCAGUAGGUCUAAAAAUAGACAAACCUUGUGACCUCUCUAGAGGCCAUACUUGUGAAUGGAUCUCCAUAAAAAUUGGUCAGAAUGUUCACCUUUAUGAUAUCUAGGUCAAGUUUGAAACUGGGUCACGUGCCUUAAAAAACUAGGUCAGUAGGUCAAAUAAUAAAAAAACCUUGUGACCUCUCUAGAUGCCAUACUUUUCAUAGGAUCUGUAUGAAAGUUGGUCUGAAUGUUCAUCUUGAUGAUAUCUAGGUCAAGUUCGAAACUGGGUCAACUGCCAUCAAAAACUAGGUCAUAGGUCUAAAAUUAUUAAAAUCUUUUGACCUCUCUAGAGGCCAUAUUUUUCAAUGAAUCUUCAUGAAAAUUGAUCUGAAUGUUCACCUUGAUGAUAUCUAGGUCAGUUUCAAAACUGGGUCAUGUGCGGUCAAAAACUAGGCCAGUAGGUAUAAAAAUAGAAAAACCUUGUGACCUCUCUAGAGGCCAUAUUUUUCAUGAGAUCUUCAUGAAAAUUCGUGAGAAUGAUCACCUUGAUGAUAUCUAGGUAAAGUUCAAAACAGGGUCACAUACCUUCAAAAACUAGGUCAGUAGGUCAAAUAAUAGAAAAAACCUUGUGACCUCUCUAGAGACCAUAUUUUUCAAUGGAUCUUCAUGAAUAUUGGUCAGAAUUUUUAUCUUGAUAAUAUCUAGGUCAAGUUCAAAACUGGGUCACAUGAGCUCAAAAACUAGGUCACUAUGUCAAAUAAUAGAAAAAAUGACGUCAUACUCAAAACUGGGUCAUGUGGGAAGAGGUGAGUGAUUCAGGACCAUCAUGGUCCUCUUGUCUUUAAAGUUUGCCUUUUGGCCAGUAGUUCAUCAUAUUCCAUGUUUGAUCUUUGGGUAAAAAGUUUCAGUCUAGACCCAAGCAGAACUCUACAGUAUACUAUUUUUUCCCCAUUUACAUAGGAAAUAUAUGCAAUUAGGGGCAGCCAGAGCUAAAUAAAAAUAUUUAAAGCGCUUUUUUCAUGAACCUCUACAUAGAUCUUCUUUAAAUCUUAUUUCACAGGUUAAUUCUGCUUCUAAAAUUAAAUAUUUUCCGAUUUAAAUUAAAUGGGCCUAAAAUUGAUCAUACAAUUUCUGUGUAUGUACUUCCUGUUUGGUCUUUUUUUAUACACAUACAUAGAAAAUAUAUUGGGGUCCUUAUGACAGUUGUAACAGUUUGCCAGUUUUAAUUAUUCACCACAUGUACCUAUAUACAUGCAGGCAAGACAUUUAAAGAGCAAACAUUUAAACAAUCACUUGAAUUCAUCCUGCAUUUAAACAUUUUUUUUAUGUUGGGGAUGAAAAGCAAGAAUUUUCUUUUUAUAAGGGGGUGUAUAGUUUAAUUUCAUUUUGUAAUUCCAGAAAAAGAACGAAAUUCUUAUGAGUUAUUGGCUUAUCUCAUGCUUAAAAAUUGAAUCAGUUUUCAUACAGCCUUAGGUAUCUUUGUGUCCUUAACUUGAUAUAGUUUAAAAUGUAUUAAAAGUAGGCAAGGGUUUAUUUGUUUUUAACGUUUAAUUUUAAGUUAUAGGAAGUUGUUAAAUACUUGGAAUUUUUGUAGUGCUAUUGAGAAACUCAGGGCCAAGUUUGAAACUAAAGACCCCUGGGCCUUUAUUCAUCAGACUUUAAAGUAUGGAACUUUAAAUUGCUACAAUUACUUUUGGCUCAUUUUUACGGACUUUAAUGAAAUUUUACGCAAAUACAGCAAAAUAUACCCUUGCAAAAUGUCAGUAGUUUAUUUCCAUGUUGGUGAAAGAAACAGGGAUUUGUAUUUUUUUAGAGACUUAAAGUCCAAGUCUAGAUUUCAGACUUUAGACGUUGAUGAAUAUUGGCCCAUAAAUAUUUUGAUUAGUUUUAACUUUCCAAAACACAAUUUCUUUGCUUCUGAAAGUUGAAAGUUAAGAGAUUUAUGGGAAGCUUCAGCAUUUGGAUUAAUCACUUUACAGCCAUACCUUUGCUAAAAACCACUAGGUUCUGUACUCAGAGGACUCCUGAAAGGCUGCUAGUUUCCAUUUGAAGUGUAUCUUAAUCUAGAGGCCCCAUGGCCAAGUGGUUAAGGUUGCCGACUUCAAAUAACUUGUCCCUCACCCUCACCAAUUUGAGUUUGAGCCUUGUUUGUGGCGUAGAAGAUAAGGAAGCUAUCCAGCUGGCUUAUGGAAAGUGAAAAUUAGGUGUUUCACCAAGAUGCCCCACCCAUUUCCCCACGGUUUGACUGUAUUAUUUAAUAUUCUAGAGUUGUUAUGUCCAAAUGUUAACUGCUUGGAACACUACUUAAUACGGACUGUGGAAUAUUGGUCUGGUAUAGGUCAAGGUUAUGAAACCAAAGUUUGAAGACUCGGAAUGCAGCCUUGCCAUUGGUCAAUUUCAAAUUUGUGCUUAGAAUCAACCAAUUAGAUGCUUGAGUUGUGCAACUGGUCUAAAAAGUCAUAUUGAUGUAUUGUUUACUGCCAUAUGUCUCUGACCUGUAUAUUCCAUGUAUAUAAAUGCCUUGCUUCCUUUCAUGAUGUUUAUUAAUGUGCAAUAGUUUCACCAUUUAAAAUGUUUUUCUUGUGUAUGUGUGAUUUUUAUUUCCUUGAAACAUUUGGUUGAAUGUACUUUGUCUAGAAUUAUGGUGUAAGAUUACGGUUAUAAAUGUUUACACCUUUUUUUUUCAAAGCUACUCCGUUCUUAUUUGUGGUGAAAUUUGUAUUAUUUCACUAGAUUUUAAUAUCUUUGAUGUAUUUUUAUUUCAAUGUAAAUGAGAUGUAGAACCAAAUGUUUUUGUGCCAUAUAGCCUGUACUGGUACUGACGAUAAAGUCGACCACCUUCAAACUAUUCAAUUGGGUUAUUUAUAUAAUUGAACACGCCGUCUAAUAGCAACCACUUACAACUCCAACUGGUGUAAACAAAAACAAAAUUGGUAAAUAUUCUGUAUAAAUAAAUGACUUACAUUUAUCUGUUUAGAAAAAUAUUUAUGGGAAGAGAAUGUUUUUUGCACAUGCUCACUGUCAACACAUGAAGGCCUGACAUUGGAUCACUUUUCAUUACUUGAUCCGGAAUUACUGUUGCAGCAUUUUUGGGAAAGUUUCAAUAUAACACUAUGGAGAAAAUUUUGUAAAUGACAGUGGCUGAAUUUAUCAUCAGUCAACGUUUGUACAGUCCCCAUUUUACAUACCCCUUUCAGGGCCUCAGUUUGUGUGACUUUGCUUAGUAAAUUUAAAUUAUGUCAAUUUUUAUUCCCCUGCCACAAGUGAUGGGGAGUUAUAGGCAUGGUCUCCGUCCGUCCUUCCGUUUGUCUGUAACAUUUUGUGUCUGCUCUGUAUCUCCUAAUCCCCGUGAAGGAUUUUCAUGAAACUUGGGUCAAAUGAUCACCUCAUCAGGAUGAUGUUCAGAACCAAUGAGUCAGUCAUGUCGGCUCAAGGUCAAGGUCACAACUCGAGGUCAGAGGUUUGAGUCUUCCAUUUCAUGUCUGCUCUGUAUCUCCUAAACCCCUUGAAGGAUAAUCAUGAAACUUUGGUCAAGUGAUCACCUCAUCAAGACGAUGUGCAGAACCCAUGAGUCAGUCAUGUCGGCUUGAGGUCAAGGUCACAACUCAAGGUCAAAGGUUUGAGCCACUGUCAAUAACAGCAGCAGUGGAUAUUGCUGUCUUUCAGACUGCUUUAUUCAGCAAAUGUUAAGCUUUAUUUAUAACAAUUUGUUCAAAUAAAAAAGUUACAGGUAAAAAACCUAAUUUUCUCUUGGGGUUUGUCAUCGGUACCAGUACAGUACAUAGACUUUGAAUCCAGUGUUUUGAUUGUAGUGUUAAAAGUACUUGUCGAACAAACCAUCAACAUUUGUAUUAAAAGGCUCUGACAUUUUUGUGAUAUUUCUGUGUCCUGUAUGUUUAGAAAAAUAUAUGUGCAUAUAAAUAUGUAUGCAUUUUUCAGAUUAAAAUAUUUCUAACCUUA